GCCACAAACAUUAUGGUUUAAAUGACGUGAUUUUGUGCCAGUAUGGUCUUAUCAUGCUUUUGGUUUGAUUUUCUCAGCAAUGUCAAUUGCUUGUAAAUUUGGCUGGUGACCAGAAAGAUGAAAAUGUGAAAUGUUGUGACACAACCCUCUGUAACCCCAGUCCAUACAACAGAAAAUUCAAUAAAACCUUAAUAGAGCAUUUCAAAUGUCCAGAAGGAAUAGUACGACCAACAACAAAACCUCCAUUGCCACCACGUACUACAACUUUUCCUGCUCCAACAACAAUUACAACCACGACACCACAGACUACCAAAACAUCCAACUCCAUUCCGACAACCAAAACAACCACACUCGCAGUCACAACUUCUGUUCCACCAAAAACAAUUCCUCCAGUAACAAUGCGCUCUAUUUGCCCAUCUCACUUGACACAGCGAGUACCGGCAGAAUAUAUUCACUUGUACGGAGACAAAUGUUAUGAGUUCGUUCCAUACGUCGGUGGCUGGAUGUACGCCAGAAAAGAUUGUCAUAGGAAAGGAGGACAUAUGUUGUCUAUAACAAACGCUGGGGAACAAGCUUUUAUUUCGAAUCUGAUUUCAAAAGGUUAUGUUAUAACAACACUAUGGCUAGGUUUGGAUGAUCGGGUGAACGAAGGACAGUUCAAUUGGGACACAGGUGUUAAAGUGAAUUAUACUAAUUGGGCUCCCGGGCGAAAUGUUGACCCCUAUCAUGACCAGAGAGAUUGUGUUGUUAUGAUCGUGGCUAGAUAUGGAAAAUGGGACGACGUUGAUUGCGAUGCUCUGGUAAAUGGAAGACUCAUUUCGUAUAAUUGGAUGUGUCAAUACAAUUUUGAGACUCAAGUGAUUAGUGCGUUGCCAAAUAAGCCUAUAGAUGGAAAUUGGAGCCAUUGGCACAAAUGGAGCGCGUGCUCUGUCACGUGUGGAACCGGAAGUCAAAGUCGUACAAGAGACUGCAACAAUCCGGCACCACAACAUGGCGGAAAUUUUUGCUUUGGUUUAAGAUCUGAAACCUCAACGUGCAACAUUAAAAUAUGUCCACUAGAUGGAAAUUGGAGCCCUUGGCACACAUGGAGCGCGUGCUCUGUCACGUGUGGAACCGGAAAUCAAAGUCGUACAAGAGACUGCAACAAUCCGGCACCACAACAUGGCGGACAUUUUUGCUUUGAUUUAGGAACAGAAACCUCAACGUGCAACAUUAAAGAUUGCCCACAUUGGAUGCCAUUCUACGAAACCGCACCUUGUAGCGUCACAUGCGGAGUAGGUUUUGUUCAGCUAAGGAGAAAUUGCUCCACAGGCAACACUAAGGAUUGUCAUGGCAAUGAAAAUAGUGAAAAGCCUUGUCACCUUAAAGAUUGCUCCAACUGAUAUUUGUUUAAAUUAUCUAAUGAUGAUAAUAUUUUAACAAAUCAUUGAAUUUAUAUAAAUCUUAUUCAAUAGAAAAAAUCAA